AUGGGCCCUGAAUUCGAGGAUCUGAUACCGUUGGUGCAUUCAGACAAUAGAACUACAACCAUAUACCUGGUAUAUAUUAUAAUCAGCGAUAUUUUUCUGUUUGUUCAAUGGCUAUUAUUUAAAGUGUUGAAUCUCAUCAUUAUUGAUUCUCCAGCAUUCGUUCUACGCCUUCUUUCAAAAAAUUUUGAAAUAAAUUUGCAUUUAUCUUCAAUAUUGGCGACACUAAUUGGGGUUAGUGUUGUGACCUAUUUGGUUAUUAGAUAUAAAUUUCUAACUGGGUACUCUCAUAGCAACGAUCAAAAAGAAGGGGCAGGUAAGAAAGGCAUUCAUCCGGCUUCCUCGAAGGUAUUUGUUGGAAAAUCAAAGCAAGACAAAAAACCAAGCAAUUACUUAGAUGAGUUUUUACUAGCAAUUAAAGUUUUUGGAUACUUGGACAAGGCGGUGUUCCACGAAUUGACGAAAAGUAUGACUACACAGAAAUUGUCGCAUGAGGAAAUAUUAUGUUUGGAUGAAUCCUUGGGGUUUCUGAUAGUCGUCGAAGGGGUUGCCCAAGUGUAUACAAAAAAGUCCAAGGAGAAUCUGCUGAAAUAUAAACAACGCUAUUUUGAGGAGAUUGAAGAGGAGCGAGAUGAGUUUUUGAUUCUUGGUGACAAGCAGUACCAACUUUUGAAUGAAGUUAAAAGCGGUGCUCCAUUGAGUUCGUUGUUCUCCACCUUAGACUUGUUUAGGCCAAGAAAUAAGAAUGAGGAAAUGGCUUUGACUCCAAACGAUGAAGACGGGAAUAGCGUCGUUGCAUUGAAUAUGGAUUAUUUGAGUAAAUCAGAACCCGCAACCGAUUCGAAGUUGAGCAACAGUGACGAUGAUGAAAAUGGUCAAGAUUAUCCUGAAAUAAUUGUCAGACCGAAGAAGUCUCAUAAUAAUGGCACCAUCACUAUAGCAAUCAUCCCACACACCGCCUUUGAGCGCGUUCAGCUGAAGUACCCAAAGGCAACUUCUCAUAUUGUCACAAUGGUUUUGACUAGGUUGUACAAGGUUACAAUGAGCACUGUGCAAAACUACCUUGGUUUGACCAGUGAAAUUUUGAAACUGGAGAUCAAAUUGAACGAAGAAAAUGCUACGAGUCUACCAAGAUACUUUGUCGACGGUUUAUUGGAAAGGUUGAACAAAAAAGAAGAGGCCGAGGCCGAGGCCGAGAACUUGCCAAAGAAGCUCAAGCAUCAUCAUAGAAACCAAUUACAAAGGACUACGUCGAGGUAUGUGUCUUUAGAUUCCAAAGUAAAAAGCAAUCAUCCAGGUGACUUGCUUUCGUCGGUGCCUAUCUCCCGAAGCGAGUUCCAAAAAAAGGUUCUCCCAAAAUCUUCCACCACUUCAUUGCUGGAUGGGGAUAACAAAAGAAUGAACUUUACUGAUGAAAUGGAAGAAACUGAAGAGAACUCUUUACGAGUUGCGAUAAUUGAAAACAUUUUCAAGAUGGUUGGUAUUGAAGAAACUAAUGGUAUAGUUGAAAGGACUGGAUAUUUCCAAAGCUUAAGCUCGUCAACAAGUAGUUCAAUUGUGGGCUUGGAUAGCUUGAAUCAGUCAAUUAUGUCCGGUGCAACCACUCCAACCACCAAAAGAUCGCAUCCGGUAUUCAACAAUCAGGGAAGUUUAAUGAACACGAUAAAUUUAGCUGAAUUGAGAAAACCAUCAACUGCUGAAAACUCAACGUUGCCCAAACUUUCUGGAAAGAAACGUUUGUUAUCAGACAUGAAUAUCAAAGAUGCAUUUGCUAAAUCCUUAGAGAUCAAGUAUAUUGGGCCGGAUUCUACGAUUGUGAGUCAGAAUUCGGCAAUUACUGGGUUGUACUAUGUUAUUGACGGAUCUUUGGAAAUUUACAACCGCUCUGCAGAUGUUUCUGCUCCUAAUCGAUACAUCUAUACAGUUGAGUCUGGUGGGAUUGCUGGAUAUUUGACUUCUGUUGUCGGGUUCAGAUCGAUGGUGACAAUAAAGACCCCCAAGAAAACCGGUGCAGUUGUCGCAUACAUACCAAAGAAUGACUACAACAAGUUGUUGGACAAAUAUUACUUUUUGCAAUUACCCGUUGCACUUAAACUUAAAAACUUGUUAUCCAAGCAGAUACUCACAAUUGAUUACGCAUUAGAGUGGUGUCACAUACCUGCGGGUGAAGUCUUGUGCUCACAAGGUGACUUGGCCAAUGGAUUCCAUGUCGUUUUGAGUGGGCGGUUUAGAGUUGUUAGAUCGACAAACAAAAACACUGAGAAGGAAGACGUUGAGGUUUUGGGCGAGUAUGGACAUGGCGAAUCUAUUGGUGAAGUUGAAGUGUUGACAGCUUCGAGAAGAUCAAACACGUUAAUUGCGGUUCGAGAUUCAGAAACAGCACGUAUUCCAAGAUCAUUAUUCGAAAUGUUAUCCAAUGAGAACCCAUCCAUAAUGGUAAGUGUUUCGCGUUUAGUUGCAUCCAAGGUACUCGCUCUGCAGUAUCAACCACGGGAGCGGAACUUUAUUACUUCAACCACUUCCCAAGAGUCUUUUACAUCAGCAAAUUAUAAAACAAUCACUAUUUUACCCACCGUGUCUGGUUUACCGGUGCGACAAUUUGCAGAAAAGUUAGUUCAGGCAUUAAGGCAGAUUGGCCGAAACGUUAUUGCGUUAGACCAGGCUCUGAUAUUGACUCAUUUGGGGAGACAUGCGUUUGAUGAAAGUUUGGCGAGGUUGAAGCUACUGGGAUAUUUUGCGUAUUUGGAAGAAGAAUACGAAACUAUAGUAUACAUUUGCGACACCCCAGUUCAGUCUAAUUGGACAUCAACGUGCAUCUCUCAAGGCGACUGUAUUUUGUUAUUAGCAGAUGCCGAGGAUGAUAGCACGACUAUUGGUGAGUAUGAGCAAUUAUUGGUCAAAUUGAAAACCACAGCCAGAACAGAUUUGUGUUUGCUUCACCAAGACAAAGUUGUUAGGGCAGGGUCUACUAGUCCAUGGUUGAAAAAUAGAAUAUGGGUUCAAGGACACCACCAUAUUCAAAUGAAGUUUGAACAAGGAGCAAAUGUUUUACCACACAAAAAAUCGUUUAUAAGCGAUUUAGCAGCGAAGCUUUCGCAGAAUAAAGCAAUAAAGUCUACUUUUGAGGCAACAAAGCAGCACAUUAAAUGGUAUGUCAAGGAAAAUGACCAAAGCAAGGUGUUGAAAAUAUACAAGGACGACUUUAUGAGAUUGGCUCGGAUUCUUUCCAAUGAAGCAGUGGGUCUUGUUUUGGGAGGCGGUGGCUCAAGAGGUAUAUCCCACGUUGGUGUUGUGACGAGUUUAGAGCGACAUGGGAUUCCCGUUGACAUUAUUGGGGGCACAUCCAUUGGGUCUUUUGUUGGUGGGUUGUAUGCCAAGGAGUACAAUAUUGUCUCCAUUUAUGCUAUGGCGAAAAAGUUUUCAAAAAGAAUAUCUUCGGUUUGGCGGAUGUUAUUCGAUUUGACCUACCCGGUCACUUCGUAUAUUACAGGUUAUGAAUUCAACCGUGGUAUAUGGAAGGUUUUUGGAUUUGCUGAAAUUGAGGAUUUUUGGAUCAAGUAUUUUUGUAACUCGGCAAACAUCACAAACUCCACGAUGGAUAUCCACGAAAAAGGAUAUGCGUGGAGGUUCAUCCGUGCGUCAAUGUCGCUUGCAGGUCUUUUACCCCCUAUCGCAUUUAAUGGAUGUAUGUUACUAGAUGGUGGUUAUUUGGACAACUUGCCUGUGAAUGAGAUGAAAAAAAGAGGUGUCAAGCAUAUUAUUGCUGUCGAUGUUGGUUCUGUUGAUGAUCGUACACCAAUGAACUAUGGGGACACUCUUCUGGGAUUUUGGGUUUUGCUCAAUCGAUGGAACCCCUUUUCCAGUCACCCUAACAUUCCAACAAUGAUGGAUAUUCAAAUGAGAUUGACUUAUGUUUCUAGUGUCAAUGCAUUAGAGGAGGCCAAGAGAACCCCUGGUGUUUACUAUUUGCGACCACCUAUUGAUCCUUAUGCAACUUUAGAUUUUGGAAAGUUUGACGAGAUUUACAAAGUUGGACUCAAGUAUGCAGAUGACUUGUUUGCCGAUUGGAAAAGCAAAGGUAAAUUUCCAAGAAUUGCAGGAUUGGUUGAGAAGAAAAAGGAUGGUGAAGAAAAGAAAAUACUUUAUCGAAGAAACUCUAUCUAG